GUCUCGCUUCUCACCGAAGAAAACCGGAAAUGGUCGUAGUCUUCGCGCGCACUGGCGGGAAAAUCUCUACAUACUCGUCGCGAUCGCAUCCUCGCGACUGUGCGAAUCCGCUCGGUGCUCGUUGUCGGAAUUUUGUUCUCGUUUCUCAAUCGUUGGACGAUCCCUUGCGGGUAUCACAGUUCCGUGACACUUCUCCUCUUGCGCGCAUAUCAUGCCAUUCCCCGACUACUAUCAGAGAGGUGAAAGUUGGUCUCUAUCUAGAUCCGGGAUUGAAUUUAUUACGAUAUUGGUGGAAUUUAAUUUGUCGGACGUGCUGCGUCAAAAGUAUACUAAUGCGAUUAAAUGGUGACGAAAAUAAUCUUGCCAUCGUGUUUAUGUUUCGGGGGAAUGCAAAAAGGAUUCGUACGCGACGAGCUUAUGAAUAUUAUGCAAGAGAAAAUGCAAGUGGGAGUUGCCUUCUCUGUUCUCGCGAGUCGCGAGUAAUUCCAAGAUGUACCAGAUAAGCUCUGCUUUGCCUUAAGGAGCCGGUGCCGUUACGGCUGAUGCGACGCGACCAUCAAACCACUGCAAACGAAGCUGCACGGUGACAGUGCACACUACGUAGGGAAAAGGCUUUGAUAGUGUAAACCGCAAAGCGUAGCCUACAAGGGCAACACAGACGGGCUAGUUGCGCCGUCUCUUGCAACGGCGGAUUCAGCAGAAUUACGGUAGAGAGAAUCGAUAUAUUUUGCUCGAUAUAUUUUAACGAUCUUUUGAAGUAAUUGUGAAUUUAUUGCGUGGUUUUUAUAAAAACGAGACGAUUCUCUGUAUAGUUGUAUAGAUAUUACGCGAACUCUGGCGUAAUAUCUAUACAACUAUACGAUAUGAAUUUCUCGAACUGAAUCUGCUCGCCCGAAUUAACAUCGUGGAAAUGAAUUGUAUGCUCGAUGUCGGUGCAUCUUAAUUCCGCUUGUUUGUAAUAAUUUACCGUAAUAUAAUGCAAAUUUUCCAUUGAAAUUCGAAUAUUUUCUACAACAGAAUAAUUCCGUAGCAUUUGCAAUGAAACGAAAUGAAAUGCCACGUUCCAUAUAAUGCAGAAAGUACGAAAUAGAUCGGAGAACAAUUAUUUUAAAAUUAUUGAGAUACAUUAAUUAGAUAUUUAUUAAAUAUAUGUAUCAUAUAUAUUAUAUUUAUGUCACGUUCGUUUUAAUUUAUGGAUAAAAAUAUGAGUGGUAAAAUUGAGAAAAAAAAAUUGCUUCAAUAAAUUAUUAUUUGAUAUCUACACAAGGAUGUAUUAUUCUCUCGCAAUUGCUAUAAAAUAAACUACCAAUCACGCAGAAUAACACAUUGGAUUUGUUUUUUUCUCGUAAUUGCUAUAAAAGAAACUGCAAUCACGCAGAAUAAUACAUCGCAUUCUACCCGGGCCGCUAUAAAUUUCCAAUCUUCCCACACAUCCUGUGUAAUCAGUUAAAUCAAAUAUUGAAAUGGUAGAUCGAAGCGAAUUAUAUAACGGCAUUACAUUGAUGUAUGCGAUUCCUAGGUACUCUCGCUACAUAUCGAUAAAUGCAAAAUGCAUUUGCGUACGUAUGCGUAUAAUAGCGCCUGCGUUAUCGUUUUAGAAGGUACAAGCUACGCGGAUAUCCAAAACCGAACAGGUAGAGCUUUUACAUUCACAAAGGUAUUAUCGAGACUUAUGAGGAUUAUGAGCGAUUGCGUAAUUGUAACGAUUCUGCAGAU